CAGUUGGUGCCUGAGUUUCAGACCGUACACAGCUCCUAAAAGCUUCCAAGACAAUCUCCACGCCAAACGCGCAACUCAUCGCAAGUGAUCGAAGUACGAGAGUGGAAUCGAAUCCAGUCGUACUGAAUACUAUUAAAAUUGUCAACAACCUAAAUAUAAGAAAUUCAACUGCAAAAUGCAAGUGGAUAAAGUUUGUGCCGCCAUCGCGCUCCUCGCCAUCUUCGCCAGCGUCGUGGAUGCAGCCGUCUACUCCCAGCCCGCCAUCUUCCACCCUGCGCAUCCCGGCAAGUGCUUCGACAAGCUGACCCGCAAGGCCCUGCUGCCCGACAAGGAGUACACGCCGAAGGGCAUCUGCGCGGCGAUGACUUGCAGCCUGGAGGCGCGCGAGAUCAGCAUCGAGACCUGUCCCUACAUAGAGGCCCCUGGCUGCGAGGAGCUGCCCAGCGACCCCAACUGGCGGUUCCCCAAGUGCUGUCCGCAGUUCAAGUGCGUCGACUUCAAGACCGGCAAGGACUUCAUCGUCUCGCUGUAGAUCGGCUAUCCACAAAGAUACAUCUGUCCUAUAUAGCCGCAACUGAAACGUGAUUUUACAUGAAAUGUAUUCGUAGUUCUGUAGUGCCCGAAAGAAGAGCGAGUGAAAGAGAGAGCGCCUGCGAGUGUGUGUGAUUCGUUCCUAAUUUAUUUAUUUUAAUUUGUAAAUAACACAUUAUCUGCACAAACCCCUCCCCUACCCUUAGGUUUUCACGUGUGAACAUAACUCAAUUCGUUUUGAUUUAUUCAAAAGUCCCUGUAUGCGAUAUUUGCAAGAAUGACUAACAACCAUCAACCAACUAUGUUUAGUCCAUAAGGUUUAAGCGAGGCAAUAAAAACUGAAAUAUGCAAA